AUGGAGUUAGUUGACCGAGUUGGGCUGAUUUUAACAUUGACUAGUUUGUCCAUUUUCACAUAUUAUACUUUAUGGGUCAUCAUUCUGCCUCUUGUUGACAGCAAUCAUUUCGUGCCUAAGUAUUUUCUACCUCAAGAAUACGCAAUUCUCAUUUCUGUAUAUGCUGCAAUGGCACUAAUCUGCUUCUUGAGCAUCUGUAUUGGAUACGUCAUGCUCGAGUCCAAGAAGAAGAAGGAAUGA